GACAACGAGACAUUGAUUUCAAGAUAGGAAAGUUAACACCGGCAACGUGGCAAAGACUUAAGAUGUUUGCAUAUCGCUGGCCGGCUUUCAACUGAAGAAAGGUUAUUAUGUAUACAAUAAUAUGCAAAUUAAAAAAAAAACACGCUAAACACCAUUUUCUGUGGAGGAUGUGAACCGAUUUCUACUGGAGUUGAUGAAUUAUAUUUGGUCUGAUAUAUACAUGGAUGUAUAUUCUAUUGUAAGAUAAUGUGUUAUUAUUUCGGGUAUUUAUAACACGAAUCUCACUGUGAGAACACACAAAUUAUGGAACCCGUCGAGAAAGAUCGACGCAUACUCGGGAAUCCGCCGACCUACGGCAGGUUCCGAAGAAGCCUCAUCGGAGUUCUUGUGCUCUUUGGAAUCGGCAAUGUUAUUCUUGUCGUUUUGUACCCACAAAUCUAUAGCGGGGAUCUUUUGGGAAAACUAAACCCUACCGCGAGUAAAAAUUAUAGUGAUAAAGGAAUUGAAAAAAUUGCUGAAGUAAAACAUAGAAUAUUUAGUUUUGAAAACAAGGAUACUUCGAAGGUAAUAGAUCUUGCCGAAAGCGAGAAAAAGAUUUCAAACCAGAGAACUCCAAAUGAAAUUUCCGAGGCAACAAACAGUGAAGAUGUCGAGGAUCUGUUGGACUUUUCAAGUACGAAGAACCUAAAAAAUCUAACAACGAAGGAUUCACAACAUGUGAAUAACGACACUCCCAGUAGCUUGAAGACUGAAGCUCCUAAACCAUCGCAACCCGUCACAAAGAGAGACGCUUUAAAAUCACCGACGAAAUCUACGGUAACUCAAAACUCGAGCAAGCGGUUAAAUACGAAUGCACUAACGGAAUCACACCGAAUGAUCAAUGUCACAUCAAAAUUUCAAAACAAUAAUGCCAGUAUUUCCGGGCAAACUUCGACGGAUCAGAAAGAAGUGACUUCAAAAAAGAUCGAAUCUUUCAAACCGCGUGUUCCAACAAAACAACCUGGACAGAAAAUUCCUACAAAUGCUUUCAAUAUUUCGAAGAAAACAACCUCGUUCCAACCAAGGGCGGUCGAAGAGCCUCACUGUAAGCCGCACAUUUUGUCGGCAGCAGCCAUCGAAUACACGACAAGAAAGUACGCAAUUCGACCGGAGGUUUUGCAAUGCAAGGACCAAAAAGCGCCGCCGUAUGAGCUCUGUGUGGUUAACGAAACGAAAACGAACGACUCGUUCACGGAUUUCAUAAUAAAAUGUGAUUUUUCUGUCUGUGACAGAACCAAACCGAUGUCGAUUGAGUACAUGGACUAUCGAGACGGUCUCAUGAAAAAACAAGAUAUUCCAACAACGUUAAAAGGUGGGGAAAUUGAGAAAAUGGUGGCGAAGCUUGCUAAGGAUGUGAGAAAACACGAUUUGCCAUUUUUGUUCGUGAAUUGUAGCGGGAAAUUAACAAAUGUUGUUGUUGCUCAAAUAUUGACUUUUCUACCAUCAAUGCCCGUCCUGAAAGAUGUUAAAACGCGUAAUAAAAUCAAUAUAAAUAUAUUCCUCGUCGAUUCUGUUUCGAGGAAACAUUUCUAUCGAUCUUUUCCCAAAACUACGAAGUAUUUAGAGGAGACAGCGAAGGAAUCCGACUUUCCCGCACAUAUUUUCAACUUUGAACUCUUCCAAGCGGUACACGGUCAUACAAACGAGAACGAACGAGCGCUGUUCAAUGGUAGCAUUCUGCACAGACGCGGUACAGCCAGAGACAGGACGCCUGUCAAUUUGGAACCGCUUUACGGUGUGUUCAAGAAAGCUGGGUUUCAAACAAUGUUUCUGGAUGAUCUUUGUUGGCGGGCGAUCUGGGGCAUCAUGGAUAAAUACAAGGUUUCAAAUUGGAAUGUACUUCAAGAUAAACUUCGAGUUUCAAGCAUCGAUACAAGGGGCAUCUCAGAAUCCUCUUGUAUGAUCUUAAAACGGAACAAAAUGAAAUUACCUUUCUACGCGAAACCCAAACACCAGAUAUGCUUCAACGGCCGCCAUCAGCACGAGUAUGUCCUCGAAUAUCUCACGAAGUAUCUCGAUGCCAUUCGUUCCACUCCCCAAAGCAAACCGCUCUUCUCGUACACGUCAACGCACGUCUCCCAUGACGACGGUGGCAUUCGAGUCCAGACCCUAGACGCCCAUCUCAAAGAUUUCAUCCACCAAAUGACCGCAAGGACGAACACCCUGAGUAUAGUUUUCGCGGAUCACGGAAACACGUACACAGGAUAUCAGGCAAUGGCCGACGGAAAACAAGAGAUGUUUCAUCCGUUUAUGUUGAUGGUCGUGCCGAAGGCUUUGGGGAAACGAUUUGGCGGAGAAGUUUUGAGAAAUUUAUACGAGAAUAAGAAGCGGCUGUUUAAUUUGUUUGAUCUACGAGCUGGUCUGGUGGAACUUUCAAGCUACAACGGAGAAUCGCCACUGAAACCAACAGGAAUUUUUGGCAAAAUAGCGCCGAAUCGAACGUGCGAAGAGCUUCUCAUAACAGCAGACAGUAAAUGUAUUUGUCAAGGCUGGGAGGCAGCCGUACCGACCACCAAGGAUCAUCUCGUUUUUGCUGAAUUCGCGAUCGGCGAAAUAAACAACAAAAUAAAAGAUUCGCUCCUGAAGAUGAGAGCGAAAGGUGUGCCGUUCACCAAGACUGGCGUUUUGUUCGGCGCGUGUCAACGAUUGCGUGUUCAAAAAAUCACAAACGUGAAAACGCGGAAAACGAAAGACGGAAUGAAGACAAUAACGAUCGACGUUCGACUACAAUCGAGCAAUCUUCUUGACCAAGAGGAAUUGAUAACUGUCCAGGUGGCCCACAAAGAAAACAACGCUGGCUCAUACGAGAUGUCCUUGGUUUCAAAAAACAGAGUUUCAACUUAUGGACCUUACAGGACAUGUAAGGACGAAAGCGUCGACGUCAAGACAUGUAUAUGCAACGACCCCAAAGAUCCCAAACCUCCGACCGCACUCGAAGAUGUUGUCGGAAAGAACUCGAAAAUCACGAAGUUGGAUCGAUGCCUUUACAAAAUACUUCGAACAUACAACGGUAGUAAAAACGAACCUUUAGUAAAAGUUUACGAGCUCGUAAACGUUUGUAGAGACGAGGAAUUCAAAGUAACAUUAGACGUUUUGCCUGGAAAGGCGAUAUUUUCAACAAAAACGCCAAUUUCCGUCACGUUACGACCACAGACGAUACAAUUCGUCGCGAGUGCGCGAAUAAUAGGAAAGACGAAGAGCGACGAAACGAAUAUUAUAUGGAAUGUAGAAUCUAAAAAAUCUGCAUAGGAAAAUUAGAAUUGCUAUAAAAUUUCUAUUUUGAACAAGAGUUCGUGUUUAUA